AUGCUUAACAUAAGUCCACGCCUUGAACCUCCUGAUUUGCAGUUGGUCCAUCAACGGAUCAAAGAUACCAUCGCCGUUUUAGGCAAUUUUAAAAGAUUAAGGGACCCUGAAAGGAAGCGGAAAGACUAUCUUGAUCUACUUAGGCACGACUUGGCGAAUUACUAUAACUACAAUGAUUACCUCAUGCAGAAGUUUACGGAUUUAUUCGAUAUUAAAGAAUUGAUCGAAUUUCUAGAAGCGAAUGAAGUUGAGCGACCUGUAACUAUACGUACUAACACGUUAAAAUCGAGACGUAGAGAUCUUGCACAGGCUCUUAUCAACCGUGGUGUCAACUUAGAUCCAAUUGGUGAAUGGUCUAAAGUAGGACUGAUUGUAUUUGAUUCUCCAGUACCGAUCGGUGCAACUCCGGAAUAUCUCGCUGGGCAUUACAUGCUUCAAGGGGCUUCGUCUAUGUUACCGGUAAUGGCGUUAGCAGCGCAACCGAAUGAAAAAGUACUUGACAUGUGUUCAGCUCCUGGUGGCAAGACUACAUAUAUUGCUGCCUUGAUGAAAAAUACUGGAAUGAUUGUAGCGAAUGAUGUUAAUAAAGAACGAUGCAAGGCUUUAACGGCAAAUAUUCAUCGAUUAGGUGUCGUCAACACUAUCGUAUGUAGUGAAAAUGGACGACAAUUUCCAAAGAUUGUUGGAGGAUUCGAUAGGGUACUACUGGAUGCUCCAUGUAGUGGUACAGGUGUAAUCUCUAAGGAUGCUUCCGUUAAAUCGAAUAAGGUUGAAAAAGACAUAUUACGAUGCUCUCACAUUCAAAAGGAAUUAUUAUUGUCGGCCAUUGACUCGGUUGAUGCAAGAUCAUCUACUGGAGGAUAUAUCGUUUAUUGUACUUGUUCUAUAAUGGUAGAAGAAGAUGAAUGGGUAGUGGAUUACGCCUUGAAGCGCCGAUCUGUAAAAUUAGUAUCCACUGGAUUGGAAUUUGGUAGAGAGGGAUUUACGAAGUUUAAAGAGCGUCGCUUUCAUCCUACUUUAAAACUAACAAGGCGAUAUUACCCUCAUGAACAUAAUAUGGAUGGCUUUUUUGUAGCUAAAUUUAAGAAAUUGUCCAAUCUUAUACCUGCUAAGGAAGGUGUGUACUGUAGGAAAGCAAAGGCAAUUAUUUUUACUUUCACGUUAUACUAG